AUGCUGCGAUCCGAAGUCCUUGAUGCCGAGGUGGCGAAGAGUGUGGAGGCCUAUUCCACCACGGUGACUCCGUUUGUGGAGCGGCGAAGUGGUCUGUACUUGACCAAGUUCGAGGUCGCCCGCGUUAUCGGCGAGCGCGCCAAGCAGAUCGCCAGCGGCGCGGCCAUGUCGCUUCCCGGUACCACUUCUGGUCUGGAUUCUGUUGAGACGGCGGAGCGCUGCACCAACCCGCGCUCUCUCGCAGUAGAUCCGGUCAUGAUGGCCAAGUACGACCUCUUGCAGCGUAAGAUUCGAAUGCUGGUGCGCCGCAUAUGGCCGGAUGGUGCCGUCGAAACGAUUCCGGUAAAUGAGCUCAUGGUGGACGUGACUAUGCUCGACCUGCAGUACUAG